GCCCUCGUCAAACAUGGCUGCCGACGCCAUGACGCCACGAGCAGCUGCGUUUUAGCAAUAUUUCCUGCAGACUGUUAUUGCCCGGCAUGCAGCGGGGCGACGCUUGGCUCUCACCAACAUGGCUACCCCCAUGCACCGGUUGAUCGCUCGUAGACAGGCUGAAGCAAACAAGCAGAAUGUACGUUGUCAGAAGUGCCUAGAAAUGGGUCACUGGAGCUAUGAAUGUACUGGGAAAAGAAAAUAUCUGUACCGACCCUCCAGAACAACAGAGUUAAAGAGAGCAUUAAAGGAAAAAGAGGCUAGACUACUUUUAGGACAAAGUAGUGGCAGCGCUAUGCCAGAAACAAAGAUGAGAAAGAAGAGAUCAAAAAGUGUCACCAGCUCCAGUAGCUCCAGCUCAAGCAGCAACAGCUCAGAUAAUGAUCCUUCUUCAGACAGUGAAGACACCUCCAGUUCAUCCUCUUCCUCUGAGGACACAUCUUCCAGUUCUUCAUCCUCCUCAGAGAAUUCCUCAUCGGAGUCUGAGUCUGAAUCGGAGUCCGAAUCUGAAACAAGCAGCAGCAGCAGUGGUACUACGAGCAGCAGCAGCAGUGAAGAAGACAGUAGCUCAGAAGACGAGCCACUAAGGAAGAAACGGAAGAAUUAGUCAUGUCAAAAAAUGGUAGUUUCUGAAGAUUUCUAUAUAGGGACAAUGUCAACUUUUGUGGAGAAAUCAAACAGGAACCUGUGCUUUGAAGAAAUGCCUGAAUGACACCAACUUUGGUGCCCUUCUUUAGUUAUAAGUUUGUCAUUGUUGAUUUCAGUACUGUUAACUUCUCACUAGAAAUGCAGAUUGCAAAAGAAAUGUAUCUUACCCUCCGUAAAUGAUGAUGGCAGACUCCUGUUAUUACAUUUGUUUUUCUCCCUUUUUUUUUUUUUACUUUUAUUGACCAAGUAUCACAUAUAGCUUGUUGGUACUAAAGUAAACUGCCGUUUACUGUCCACCUUGGAGGAUCAUUUUAAAUGUACAUUUGUUGUUUGUGCAAAUAUAAACAAAAAACAAAAGUUUAACGCGUUAACAGGGUGUAAAGUUUUGACCUCACAGCUGAAGAGUCCUGUAAUUAUUUUUAUAGUGGUAUAUAAUAAAGUUGGAUUUAUCUGAUCACAUGCUACAAUUGGAUAAUGAAAGAUUGUGUGUCCACAAUGGCUCAGUGGUCUACAAAGUUAUAUUUUUAUGGUGGAAAAGGCCCAUACUUUUAGCUGUUCUAAUAGGUUGUUUUAUAUGUGCAAUUGAUUAUAAAACUAAGUUUGUGUCAUUUUUCAAAGUGCCAUGUCUGUAAAUAAAAUUAAAAAAAGCCUGUGACUUUAUCCUGUAUUGCAGGUUACUCCAGCACAAUAAAGAAUAACGUCACCUUGUACUAAAGUUUUGGUUAAUAAACAUUUGUCUCUUUUUGCUAUUAUAAUUAUUGUUGUUAUUGUAGUUUAAUUUAUAUUUCCAUUUAUUGGCUUAAUUAUUAAUUUGUCACAUUGAAGAAUAUUUGGUUCUAUUUUGAAACAAUAUAUUUUUUCCAUAUAUGAGCAAUAUAAACCACCUACUGGCAGUGAAAUGUAGAGAAUUGUAUGAUAAUCUUCUCUGCUUAGCCUGCUUUUACAGUGAGACAGGUUCAUUUUAAAGGGAUAUUUUAACUAUAUGGGAUAUUCCACAGGAUAGGGGAUGAUUAGGACCCCUUGCAAUCGCAAAUUUCCCAGCUGAAUUGAGAAGCGGUUUUGCAUUCUCUUCAUUAAUUUUAUAUAACAGCUGUACGUGGCUAUUCAUAAAGAAUGAAUGGAGCAGCUGGGUGCGCGUGCCUACUGGCUGCUCCAUUCAGUGGGGAGAGUCGGUCCCUGUUUUUAUGAUUGUGCGAUCAGACGUUCAUUCCCGAUCCUAGAAAUUUUCUAUCACUGGAAUACCCCUUUUAAGUGUAGGUCCACUAAGAUAACCUGUUAAUAAUAAUGUUCUUACCAAGACAGGUGCUUAACCCCUUAAGGACCAAGCGCAUUUUCACCUUAAGGACCCGGCCAUUUUUUGUACAUCUGACCACUGUCACUUUAAGCAUUAAUAACUCUGGGAUGCUUUUACUUUAAUUUAAUUCUGAGAGUGUUUUUUGUGACAUAUUCUACUUUAACAUAGUGGUAAAUUUUCAUCGAUACUUGCAUCAUUUCUUGGUGAAAAAUUCCAAAAUUUCCUGAAAAUUUUGAAAACUGCAUUUUUCUAACUUUGAAGCUCUCUGCUUGUAGGGAAAAUAGACAUUCCAAAUACAUUUUAUAUUGAUUCACAUAUACAAUAUGUCUACUUUAUGUUGGCAUCAUAAAGUUGACAUGUUUUUACUUUUGGAAGACAUCAGAGGGCUUCAAAGUAUAGCAGCAAUUUUCAAAUUUUUCACAAAAUUUUAUAAAUCAGAAUUUUUCAGGGACCAGUUCAGUUUUGAAGUGGAUUUGAUGGGCCUUCAUAUUAGAAAGACCACAAAAAAUUACCCCAUUAUAGAAACUGCAUCCCUCAAAGUAUUCAAAAUGAUAUUCAGAAAGUUUGUUCACCCUUUAGGUGUUUCACAGGAAUAGCAGCAAAGUGAAGGAGAAAAUUCUAAAUCUUAAUUUUUUACACUCGCAUGUUCUUGUAGACCCAGUUUUAGAAUUUUUACAAGGGGUAAUAGCAGAAAAAGCCCCCAAAAUUUGUAAUCCAAUUUCUCUCGAGUAAGGAAAUACCUUGUGUAUGUAAAGUGUUCGGCAGGUGCAGUAGAGGGCUCAGAAGGGAAGGAGUGACAAUGGGAUUUUGGAGAGUGAAUUUUGAUGAAAUGGUUUUUGGGGGGCAAGUUGCAUUUAGGAAGCCCCUAUGGUGCCAUAACAGCAAAAAAAAAAAAAAAAACAUGGCAUACUAUUUUGGAAACUACACCCCUCAAGGCACAUAACAAGGGGUCCAGUGAGCCUUAACACCCCAAAGGUAUUUGACGACUUUUCGGUAAAGUCGGAUGUGUAAAAAAAAUUUUUUUUUCACUGAAGUGCAGUUUUUUCCCAAAAUUUACAAUUUGUACAAAGGGUAAUGGGAGAAAAUGCCCCCAAAAAUUUGUUACCCCAUCUCUUCUGAGUAUGGAAAUACCCCAUGUUAGGACGUAAAAUGCUCUGCGGGCGAACCAUAAUGCUCAGAAGAGAAGGCGUUGCAUUUGGCUUUUGGAAAGCAAAUUUAGCUGAAAUGGAUUUUGGUGGGCAUGUCGCAUUUAGGAAGCCCCUAUGGUGCAAGAACAGCUAAAAGAAAAAAAAAAACACAUGGCAUACUAUUUUGGAAACUACACCCCUCAAGGAAUGUAACAAGGGGUACAGUGAGCCUUAACACCCCACAGGUGUUUGACGACUUUUUGUUAUAGUCGGACGUGUAAAUAAAGAGAAAAAAUGUUUUUUCACUAAAAUGCAGUUUUGCUAUUUUUCCCCGCAAAUUUAACAUUUUACAGGGGUAAUAGGAGAAAAUGCCCCUCAAAAUUUGUUACCCCAUUUGUGGAUGUAAAGUGCUCUGCGGGCGAACUACAAUGCUCAGAAGAGGAGGAGAGCCAUUGAGCUUUUGUAGAGAGAAUUUGUUUGGAAUGGAAGUCAGGGACCAUGUGCGUUUACAAAGCCCACCAUGGUGCCAGAACAGUGGACUCCCCACAUGUGACACAUAUUUGGAACAGUGGGCUGUGCAAAUGAAAAAUUACAUUUUUCAUUUUCACGGACCACUGUUCCAAAAAUCUGUCAGACACCUGUGGGGUGUUAAGGCUCACUAUACCCCUUGUUACAUUCCGUGAGGGGUGUAAUUUCCAAAAUGGGGUCAGACGUGGGUAUUUAUGUUUUUUGCAUUCAUGGCAGAACCGCAGUAAAAUCAGCCACCCCUGUGCAAAUCACCAAUUUAGGCCUCAAAUGUACAUCGUACGCUCUCACUCCUAAGCCUUGUCGUGCGCCCGCAGAGCAUUUUACACCCACAUAUGGGGUAUUCCCGCACUUAGGAGAAAUUGCGUUACAAAUUUUUGGGGUCUUUUUUUCCCUUUUACCGCUAGUGAAAAUAAA